CGCAAGCUGCCCCUUUAAGCCCCACCGCGACCUCCAGCCCGGUGCCCGGGAAGAGGGACAGACGCCCGCUGCACUAGGCAUCGGACCCCGAGUGAGGCGAGGUGGACGCACAGACGGAGACGAGGGACAGGGAGGCGGACAGCGACAGCAAGGACCUACAGAUCCCUUGCCCAGGGAGCCCACUCAGGGCCUCCCAUCCCAGGGCGCGACAGGCGUGCGUCCCCCGCAGUGGCCGAGCAUCCUGCCACUGCCCGUGCCGUCCCGACGCCCCCGCCGCUGCCAGCUCCCCCCGGUGGGCGCGCGGGCGCCACACCUGCCCGCAUGGAGGCCGUCGAGGCAGGGGCGCGGGCCACCUUCGGAGCCUGGGACUACGCGGUCUUCGCGCUCAUGCUGCUGGUGUCCACCGGCAUCGGGCUGUGGGUCGGGCUGGCUCGCGGCGGGCAGCGGAGCGCUGAGGACUUCUUCACCGGGGGCCGGCGCCUGACGGCCCUGCCCGUGGGCCUGUCGCUGGCAGCCAGCUUCAUGUCCGCGGUGCAGGUGCUGGGCGUGCCCGCCGAGGCCUACCGCUACGGCCUCAAGUUCCUCUGGAUGUGCCUGGGCCAGCUGCUCAACUCCCUGCUAACCGCCGCGCUCUUCCUGCCGGUCUUCUACCGCCUGGGCCUCACCAGCACCUACGAGUACCUAGAGCUGCGCUUCAGCCGCGCCGUGCGGCUCUGCGGGACGCUGCAGUACCUGGUGGCCACGACGCUCUACACCGGCAUCGUGAUCUACGCACCCGCGCUCAUCCUGAACCAAGUGACCGGGCUGGACAUCUGGGCGUCGCUCCUGUCCACUGGGAUUAUCUGCACCUUCUACACGGCUGUGGGUGGCAUGAAGGCCGUGGUUUGGACUGAUGUGUUCCAGGUCGUGGUGAUGCUGUCGGGCUUCUGGGUGGUCCUGGCCCGCGGUGCCGUGCUAGUGGGUGGGCCCCGGCACGUGCUCCAGUUUGCCCAGAACCACUCCCGCAUCAACCUGAUGGACUUUGACCCUGACCCGAGGAGCCGAUAUACAUUCUGGACACUUGUGGUAGGCGGCACUUUGCUGUGGCUCUCGAUGUACGGUGUGAACCAGGCACAGGUGCAGCGCUAUGUGGCCUGCCGCACAGAGAGGCAGGCCAAGCUGGCCCUGCUCAUCAACCAGUUGGGCCUGUUCCUGAUCGUGUCCAGCGCUGCCGUCUGCGGCAUCAUCAUGUUUGUAUUCUACAGUGGCUGUGACCCUCUCCUCACAGGGCGCAUCUCCGCCCCAGACCAGUACAUGCCCCUGCUGGUACUGGACAUUUUUGACGGCCUGCCUGGAGUGCCCGGGCUCUUCCUGGCCUGUGCCUACAGCGGCACCCUCAGCACAGCAUCCACUAGCAUCAAUGCCAUGGCUGCUGUCACCAUAGAAGACCUCAUCAAACCACGGCUGCCAAACCUGGCACGCAGGAAACUCGUGAUUGUCUCCAAGGGGCUCUCAAUCUUCUAUGGCUCGGCCUGUCUCACCGUGGCGGCUUUGUCCUCGCUGCUGGGGGGAGGCGUCCUCCAGGGCUCCUUCACGGUCAUGGGUGUCAUCAGCGGCCCGCUCCUGGGAGCCUUUGUCCUGGGAAUGUUCUUGCCCGCGUGCAACACGCCGGGCGUCCUCUCUGGGCUGGGAGCGGGCCUGGCCCUGUCCCUGUGGGUGUCCGUGGGGGCCACGCUGUACCCGCCCAGCGGACAGACCACGGGGGUCCUGACGUCAUCCGCCGUCCGCUGCGCGGCUCCCUCGGCCAAUGCCUCGGGCCUCCCGGACCCACGGCUCCUUGCUGCCCACGCCUCCAGCAGCAGCUCAGGAAUGGACCCCAGCGGACCUGCCUUAGCUGACAGCUUCUACGCCAUUUCCUACCUCUACUACGGAGCCCUGGGCACGCUGACCACCGUGCUGUGCGGAGCCCUGGUCAGCUGUCUGACAGGCCCCACCAAGCGCAGCGCCCUGGGCCCCGGCUUGUUGUGGUGGGACCUCGCACGGCACACGGCGUCAGUGGCCCCCAAGGAGGAAGUGGCCAUCCUGGAUGACAGCUUGGUGAAGGGUGCUGAAGAACUCCCCCCUGGAACCAAGAAGCCCCCUGACUUCCUGCCCACUGAUGAGGACCAUGUGGUCUUCCUGGGGCAGAGGGAGCUGGAGGAGGCCAGUUCCUGGACCCCCCGCAGUGGAUGUGACGGUGACAAUCUACAGGAGACAAACCUCUGAUGGCAGGGUCAGCCUAGGACUGACCCUCUGGGAUGGAACCUCACAGAGAGGCCAAUCCCAGGCCAUGGGCCAAUGGUCUUGGACUCUGAUUGGCUGGACUACUUUGUAUGCAAAAGAGCUUGGGACUGCUCAUUUGCAUACAGGAAGUCAUUUCAUCCUGCCACCUGCUUCUAGCCACCCCUAGCCAUAGGUGCUGCAUCCCUGCCCGCCUCCCAAACAGGGCUGGAUUUUUCUCUGUCUAUAAUGAAAGAUGUUGGAGUCUCCUCUGGACAACAUGGGAAACCUCCACAUCUGACAUCAGGGUCUGAGAAAGACCCUAGCUCUUCCCUGAAACAUGUUUAACCUUAGCAAGGAUUUUGGAAGUCUUCAGGCCCAAUCUCCUGUGCCCCCUUUCACAGGUAGAGAAACUGAGGCCCAGAGAGGGGCAGUGACUUAGUCAAGAUCACACAGCAAUUCUGACACUCACCAUAAGUUGGACACUAGCUCUCUGCCCUCCACUCCUUCUCCAUUCUUCUCCAUGGGGCAGGGGAGAAGGUGAGUCAGACCCAGUGUGGUCUUCGCUCACACACCUACCAUGGCUCCCAUUUCUGAGGGGGGCAUCCCCUGCUCACCUGGCAGUGGAAGUCCCUGUACUGGGUUGAACCCCAAAUUCGUUUCCAACUGCAAACACAGAAUGUGCGCUUACUUGGAAAGAGGGUCUUUGUAAGUGUAAUUAAAUUAAGAUGAGACCAUACUGGAGUGGGGAGGGCUGUGAAUCCAAUGACGGGUGUCCUUACAAGAAAUGGAGAAGAGAAACAGAGAUACGCACAGGUAGGCCAGGCGAAGAUGGAGGCAGAGGCUAGAGUGAUGCAUCUAGGAGCCAAGGAACACCAAGGAUUGCCAGCAGCCACCAGAAGCCAGGAGACAGGCAUGGGACCGGCUCUUUCUUAGGGCCUUCAGUGGGAGCAGGGCCCUACUGAUGACACCUUGAUUUCAGACUUGGGGCCUCCAGAACUGUCAGAGAAUAAAAGUUUGCUGUUGUAUCCA